AUGUCGACUACAGAGACUGUUCACCUACCGCUCCCUCGCCUCCCGGAAGGCUGGCCUGCUGGAGAUAAAGAUUUCAAGGCCGUGGGAAGCUUGUCUAGUGCAACCAGACGCAAUGUCGAGCCCGUUGGACCGCACUUUUUGGCUCACGCCCGCCGUAAGCGCCAUAGACGAACUUUCUCCGAAGACGAAAGAAUCCUUGCUCAGGAAAAUGUCAAGAAGAUCGAGGAAGAAGAUGUCGACGAAAUCAGCGAGGCUGAAGACCCAAUGAUGUUGCAGAGAGAUGCUAAGGACUGGAAGGGUCAAGAUCACUACGCCGUUUUGGGUCUCAGCAAAUACCGAUGGAGAGCUACCCCAGAACAAAUUAAAAAGGCUCACCGCAAGAAGGUUCUCCGACAUCACCCCGACAAGAAGGCUGCCGCAGGAGCUAGUGAUGAGAAUGACAGCUUCUUUAAAUGCAUUCAAAAGGCCACGGAGAUAUUACUCGACCCUGUUCGCCGUCGUCAGUUCGACUCCGUCGAUUCCGCUGCGGAUGUUGAACCCCCCCACCCCAAGAAGAAAGGAGACUUCUUCAAGCUGUGGGAUCCGUUUUUCAAAGCCGAGGCUCGCUUCUCUAAAAUCCAGCCUGUUCCCAUGAUCGGAGACGAGAACAGCACGAAGGAGGAAGUCGAGACCUUCUACAACUUUUGGUACAACUUUGACAGCUGGAGGUCCUUUGAGUACGAGGACGAGGACGUCCCAGAUGAUAACGAAAACCGUGACCAUAAACGUCACAUUGAACGUAAGAACGCCAAUGCCCGCAAGAAGAAAAAGACAGAAGAUACUGCUCGUCUCCGGAGAACCGUCGAUGACGCCCUUGCCGCGGAUGCGCGUAUCAAGAAAUUCCGCAAGGAAGAGCGUGCCGGUAAGGACAAGCGACGACUAGAGAAAGAGGCUGAAGCCAAACGACUUGCCGAAGAAAAGGAGAAUGCCCGGCUUGAGGCCGAACGACUGGCAAAGGAACGUGAGGAGGCAGCCAAGGCCGAACGUGCUGAGGGAAAGAAAGCCAAAGAGGCAGCCAAAAAUGCAGCCAAGAAGAAUAAGCGUGUUCUCAAGGGCAGCGUGAAGGACGUCAAUUACUUUGCGGAGGGCGAUGCCUCGGCGGCUCAGAUCGACAGCGUCCUGGGUGACGUCGAGUUGAUCAUGAGUAAAAUCAAUAACGAAGAAUUGGCCACUAUUGCAUCAAAGCUUACUGCUGCUGGCAAGGAUGUCGCUGCCGUAAAGGGAGUGUUUGCUGCUGAGGUGACCAGGCUAGUUGGUUCUGGAGCUCUCAACGCAGGGGAUAUAAAGGUGUUGGUUGGUUAG